UUAUUAUUACUUCUCUUGGAUCUCUCUCCAGCACACCGCCCCUUUCAACUCUCUCGAGACAUAUAGCUUAAUCUUGGAUCUCUUUCCUCUGCUUUUCAUGGCACCACUCAUUCAUCACCAGACGGAAACCGAAAAGCAGCCACCUUUAACCAAGCAUAGAAGGAAGAAGAAGAAGAAGAAGAAGCAGCAGCUUCAGGAAGAGCAAAAGCCAAAGCCAAAGCAACCUUCCUCAUGGGACCACUUCAAGAAUUUAUUCAGCUGCAAACAGAUCCAAGGCUCAAAUAUCCACGACCCCCAAUAUGCCUAUUCAAAGCUCGGUUCCUCCUGCAAUUCCAUUUGCAGUUUCAGAGACGUUGUUCGUGGAAACACAAGGGUUGUUCACCGACCUGAUAACUCACCCGACGGCACUACCCCGGCUCACAAAACUCGCUUGCUCGCCGGCCAGAAGCCUGUUACUUCGGCAUCGUCUACUCGCGCUUUAUCGGGGUCAACCAGAUCUAAAGCUGCUUCAACCUGCCCCGCUUCUUCCAAAGCCAUGCAAUUCAGGAAGCUUUCUGGGUGCUAUGAGUGCCACAUGAUCGUUGACCCUACCAGGUAUCCAACUCCAAGGACAACAGUAUGUGCCUGUUCCCAGUGCGGAGAGGUGUUCCCAAAGAUCGAAAGCUUGGAACUUCACCAAGCAGUUCGCCAUGCAGUUUCAGAGCUGAGCCCAGAGGAUUCGGGUCGAAACAUCGUGGAGAUAAUCUUUAAAUCCAGCUGGUUGAAAAGAGACAGCACAAUCUACAAAAUCGAAAGGAUAUUAAAAGUCCACAACACCCAGCGCACCAUCCAACGGUUCGAAGAUUGCCGUGACGCUGUCAAGACACGUGCGCUCCACAGCACCAGAAAAAACCCCAGGUGUGCAGCUGACGGCAAUGAACUUCUGCGCUUCUACUGCACCACCGUAUCGUGCUCCCUCGGCGCUCGCGGCUCCUCCAGCUUGUGCGGCUCGGUGCCCGGUUGCGGCGUGUGUACCGUGAUCAGAAACGGGUUCCAAGGCAAGAGCGAGUUCAAAGGGGUGCGCACAACCGCCAGUAGCGGUAGGGCCCACGAUUGUGUAAAGUGUUCGGGGGAGCGUAGGGGAAUGAUUGUGUGCCGCGUGAUUGCAGGGAGGGUGAAGUGCAUGGCGGAUGACGGUUCGGCGGAGGAGGAUAGCUCGUCCGCAGGGCCAGGAUCGUAUGAUUCGGUAGCAGGAUACGCGGGGAUUUUCUCGAAUCUAGAGGAGUUGUUGGUUUUCAAUCCAAGGGCUAUUCUUCCUUGUUUCGUGGUGAUUUACAAAGCUUUCGAAUCUUGAUUCAACUUUUUAACGUUCAUCUUACUCCCCUGUAAAAUCUUUCCCUUGCAUUAAUUGUUUAAUUAACAACAAGUUUAAGUGAUUAUUAGUUUUUGUUAAUAAAUAUGAUUAAUAUAAUCCCUGC